AUGGCGACCAAGCUUGGCCGAAGCAGCAGGGCUCUGGCCUCAGCUCUGCGGCCCGCGAGACCUUCUGUCCCGGUUAAUGCGCGCUGCUUCAGCGCCUCGGCCUGCAACAAUGUCGCCAUGCCCGCCGACGUCAAGAACAUGAGACAGGCACCCCGGGACCACCCCAAGAAGCUCGAGGCACCCCUCGUGAACCCCGCCGACAAGUAUCAGACCAAGGCCGACGACCUGCACCGCUACGGAUCCUGGGUUAUGGGAUGUCUGCCCAAGUACAUUCAGCAAUUCUCCGUCUGGAAGGAUGAGCUCGUCCUCUACAUUGCUCCGUCGGCUGUCAUUCCCGUCUUUACCUUUUUGAAGUACAACACGGCUGCCGAGUUCACACAGUGCAGCACUGUCACAGCUGCCGACUUCCCGACGAGAGAUCAAAGAUUUGAGGUCGUCUACAACCUCCUCAGUGUCAGGCAUAACGCCAGAAUCCGAGUCAAGACGUACGCCGACGAGGCCACACCCGUCCCCAGCAUCACGAGCUUAUACGACGGUGCCAACUGGUUUGAGCGCGAGGUCUACGACUUGUUCGGUGUCUUCUUCGUCGGCCACCCGGAUCUGCGUAGAAUCAUGACCGACUACGGAUUCGAGGGCCACCCGCUGCGCAAGGACUUCCCUCUGACUGGUUACACAGAGAUUCGUUACGAUGAGGAGAAGAAGCGCGUCGUCACGGAGCCUCUGGAGCUUACGCAAGCUUUCCGCAACUUUGAGGGUGGCUCCAGCGCCUGGGAGCCCGUUGGUCCCGGAACCGACCGCAAGCCGGAAACAUUCAAGCUUCCUACGGCAAAGCCGGAGGAGAAGAAGGAGGAGCCCAAGAAAUAG